AUGGCCUUUCCUCCUCAAUAUAGAGAGCCUGCUCCGGCUCUCCCGAGCAUUAUAGUUCCUACCUCAGGCGACCGUUUUCGAAGCCACGCGAGUCAUCACCACGAAUUGCCUUUUAGUGGGAGCCCUGCCAUGUCAAUACCUGGCAUGCCACCAAGAGACGACGUUCCUCCACCACUACCUCCUCCUCGAUAUCCCGGCUUCGAUCAACCUAGUGCUUUGGCUGAAAGUAUGAGGGAAAAGCGGGAAUAUGCUCAUGGCUCUUUUGCAAGUGGUUACGGAAGCAUGACCUCUUCAUAUCAUGAAGAUCGCCCAAGCUACCAGCGAAGAAGCAACACGGGCGCCUUCGGCGAACGAGAUGAAGGUUAUGCUAGUUACUCAUCUACAGAUAGGUCCCGAGAAUCUGCCCCCAGUGGCUUUGGCCGCCUACACAACCAUUUCCAAUUCCAAUCCCCUGCCGAUAUACAUGGAGAUACCCUCAAGAAGAAGCUUGACCAAACUCGUCCUUUGGAAAAGUCACCACCUCGAUCACUUCUUAGCUCAUCAGCCAACGAGCUCCUCUCACGAAGACCUUCAGCGGAAGGUCGAUUCCCUCCAGCACUCAGUGUUCCAUUACAAGUUCAGCUUCCCAUACACUCCCGAGGUAUUCUAGGAUCUCCCGCAAGGUUGACCGACACACCAAUUCACUCCGCCAUCUCUCCACGAAGCACACCCUUCUAUCAUGGUGAUAGAUCACCAAAUGACAGCUCAGAUAUCGAUCGUUCACCUCGCACACGAACAAAGAGGAAUAACAGUGACGAUGCCACUUCAACAAAUAGCUAUGACUUCACUGGGGCUGAGGAUAUGGAGAUGGAAGAUGGACAAUCACUCAAACGAUUGCACAUUGAUGAUGCUUAUAUACAAGGUGGCCAAAAGAGACGGGCGGCCAGUCCUAAUGAUGAGCACAUGCUUGGCAUGCCAGACAUGUCUCGACGCCGGGACCUUAGCUCACGCGGAUCUCCUCAAGGUCGAUACACCGCGCUUUCUCGAGGUGCUACUAUGCCUUCGGUCUCAACUUCACGAUCCAACUCAUACAUCUCCAACAUGUCAAUGUCGAUGCACCCUGCUGGUCUUGCGACUGCCAAUUCAUUCGGUCGACGCUCACCUGUGGGCCCCUCUCCCGGUGGCAUUUCACCUACAUCUUGCAAUUCGCCUUACACAGCUCCCGUAUCACUCAACCCAAGCCCUCGAACCUCCAUCUCUGGCCGGGGAUCAAUUCACUCUAGGACCGUUUCGGGUGCCAGCACACGUAAGAUCACUGAGGUGCAGAAGCCUGGCGGAACUAAAGUGCAAGGCUUCUUCAUGUGCGAGUGUUGCCCCAAGAAGCCCAAGAGGUUCGAGACGAUUGAGGAACUCAACGCUCACGAGGCUGAAAAGCAAUACGAGUGUUCGUUCUGCGGCAAUCGUUUCAAGAACAAGAACGAGGCAGAGCGCCACCAGAACUCACUCCACGUGCGCCGUCAUUCAUGGUCAUGCUCAGCUCUCUCUGGAUACGAUAGGGCUUUCCAUGACUCUACCAACAGACCUGGCGAAGCUGACACCUGCGGGUACUGCGGCGAUGAAUUCCCACGAUCUGGACGUGGCCCUGGUACCGGUGCUUUGAGUGGUGGUAAUGCGCCUCGGCACGCCACGGACCAGGACUGGGAUGAGCGUAUCAGGCACCUGCAGGAAGUGCACAAGUUCCGAGAGUGCAACUCGUCCAAAAAGUUCUUCAGAGCGGACCACUUCAGACAACACCUAAAGCACAGCCACGCGGGCACCAGUGGAAAGUGGACCAACAUGCUGGAGAAUGCCUGUAUGUUGGAGGAAGACCCAACUCCCCGGUAA